UCAGAUUCGUAAAGACGUGCUGAGCGGCGAAGAACAGCUACGUAAGCAAGAAUAACGGUGUUUUGCAGAGCCCUAAAAGACUUCAACGCCAGCAGUUCGUUGUUCGGAUUUGUGAAAAUGAAGAAAAUUGUGCUAUGCGGCGUGCUUUUUGCGAUAGUGGUGUUGGAGGCUAAAUCGGAAGAAAGCCUUUUUGAGCAAGAUCUGGGCGACCAGUUCAAGAUUGAUGCUUCAACGCGAGGACUGCAAAAAGUAAACCUUCGCUGUGGUGCCGACUCGAUGCGUAUUGAGCUGAAGACCGAGGAAGAUUUCGAUGGCGUCAUGUACACGAGGGGUAGCUUCUACAAACAAAGUGAACCGUGUUUUGUCAAACCAAAGCGUGCUGGAAAAUCUCUGGAGAUGAAGUUCAACCUGGACCAGUGCCAGACUAUCAACGAGGGUGAGGUGUACUCGAACAUCGUUGUGGUGCAGCACGAUCCAGAUCUGGUUACUCCCGGAGAUGCUGCAUUUGCUGUAGAGUGUGACUUCCGGAAACCCCGGGGAGUUACCGUCAGCUCCCAGUUCCAGGCUAGAGACAGUGUUACACCCACAUCGCGCAUCACACUGACAAGUCCCGAUCCGUCAGCACCCACGCAAGACCACGACCAAUACAAUUCAGUUUUCAGUGACACGGAUACGGUUUCCUUUGUGCCGGGUCACUUCACGAAUCAAACCGCUGAAGAAAAGCGAGUGAAGGGCUCGGUCGAGACGGUCGAAAUUUCCUCCAACAGAAUCACGGAUGAACUCUGAACAAACAAUUCAAAUUAUAUAUUAAUUUAUUUAUUCCUCAAACAUACCGUAUUAUACAAGAACAUCUUCCAGUUUUACUAACUUUCAUUCUCGUAUUUUUCAGGCCUGUCUUAGACAAGGUUAACGCCACUCCUUCCCAACCUUCUGAGAAUUAAUUCAUACUACAACAAUACACUACUAGUUCUAAUCUGUUAGAAUGCCAAACAGGACUGAUUUCCAAGCCCACGUGAAAAACGUAUUUUACUGGCAUGACUUUACCAUUAUCAGUUAACUAAUUGUACUAACACGUAUUACCAGAGCAUGCCAAUGGUAGCUAAUAAUUUUUUAGUAUUUUAGACCUUUAGAAUAUAGAAUGGAGUCUAGGUGUUACUAAGAGUAGAAAUGCUCGUAGUUUGUCACUGUUAUAAGUGAGUAUAAGUGUUACAUUAGGUAGAUGAAUGCGUGAGAUUGUGUGAAUGGUUAAUUAUUGUAACCGUAAGAGCUGACAGGAAUAAAGAAAAUUCAA